GGCAAUGGCCCUCCAAGUGGUCUUGGGACUCCACAUCAUGAUAACCUUCCUGAGCCCCCAAGAAACAUGGGCCAUCAAGGCGGACCACAUGGGCUCCUACGGACCAGCCUUCUACCAGUCUCACGAUGCCUCAGGCCAGUUCACACAUGAAUUUGAUGGGGAACAAAUGUUCUCUGUAGAGCUGAAGAACAAGGAGGUUGUGUGGCGCCUGCCUGAGUUUGGUGACUUCGUACACUUUGACAUUCAGAGUGGGCUGGCCAGCAUCGACAUGAUCAGAGCCCACCUGGCUGUCUUGGUGGAACGCUCCAACCGAACCAGAGCCACCAGCGUGCCUCCCAGUGUGACAGUACUUCCCAAGUCUCCUGUGGUACCCGGUGAGCCCAACAUCCUCAUCUGCAUCGUGGACAACAUCUUCCCCCCUGUGAUCAAUAUCACCUGGCUGCGCAACGGCCAACCCAUCACCGAGGGAGUGACCCAGACCAGCUUCUAUUCCCAGCCUAACCACCUGUUCCGCAAGUUCCACUACCUGACCUUUGUGCCCUUGGCCGAGGAUGUCUAUGACUGCAAGGUGGAGCACUGGGGCCUGGACAAGCCGCUCCUCCGGCACUGGGAGCUCCAGGUGCCUACCCCGCCACCAGACACCACAGAGACCUUGGUCUGUGCCCUGGGCCUGGCCAUUGGCCUGGUGGGCUUCCUCCUGGGCACCAUCCUUAUCAUCACAGGCACACGCUUGCCCAGUGGUCACGGGUACAGAAGCCCCUGGAAUCCAGGAGUGGAGGGAGGAAGGUGAUGACUGAGGGAGAAAUGGGAGCUGCACUGCAGAUUCUGUGCGGGUUUCUGGGAGACUUCGCAUGCUCAGCACCAGCCUAAAUACAUCCCCGCUGUGUGGACUUGGAAUGGCAUCAACCUCUGUCCUAUUGCUCACUUGUUUUCUGGCCACAGAACUCCUGGUAGAACUUUGUAGGGCCUGGCAUCUCCCCUUCCA